CGCAGAGACAUGCAGGCUGGCCCGCAUCUUUUUGAAAUAGAGGGGGGAGCUGGAUGUGGGGGUCUGUCUGCUUCUUUUUUAUGCGUGUGCAUCUUUCACUCGGACCAUCAAGAGGAGACAAACAUAGAAAAUGUUGGAUUUCAAGUGUUGGUCAUAUUCGGUAACUGUAGGCUGUACUGAGGUUGUUCCAAGCUAAAACAGAAAGAAAGAAAGAUGACGUUGACGUUGCUGGACAGUUUAUCUUUGGCCUUUUCCCAACCUUGGAAGACACAUUUGCAGGAGCCGAAGCUAUAGCUGCUAGAGUGGAUGGUCCAAACCUAAAGACCAAGUAGCUGCAGGAUGAAAACAUGGCUGCACCCCUUCUCGCACCGCCAGGACCUGAUAGCUUCAAGAGAUUUAAUGUGGAAUCUUUGGUGGCUCUCGAGCAGCGCAUCAACGAGGAGAAGAACAAGAAGCCACCCAAGCAGGACAGCAGUUACCGCGAUGACGAUGACGAGAACAAGCCCAAGCCCAACAGCGAUCUGGAGGCUGGGAAGAGCCUGCCCUACAUCUACGGGGACAUCCCUAAAGGAAUGGUGGCGGUACCACUGGAGGAUCUGGACCCGUACUACCUGAACUCUCAGAAAACAUUUAUAGUGCUAAACAGGGGGAAGACAAUCUUCCGUUUUAGUGCCACACCUGCCUUGUACUUCAUAAGUCCUUUUAAUCCGGUUAGGCAAAUAGCUAUUAAAAUUUUGAUACAUUCUCUUUUCAGCAUGAUCAUUAUGUGUACUAUUUUGACCAACUGUAUAUUCAUGACCUUUAGUGAUCCUCCCGAGUGGUCAAAACAAGUAGAGUACACAUUCACAGGGAUUUAUACAUUUGAGUCUCUUGUAAAAAUCACGGCACGAGGAUUCUGUAUAGACGGGUUUACAUUCCUCCGAGACCCAUGGAACUGGCUGGACUUCAUGGUCAUCUCCAUGGCAUAUAUAACAGAGUUUGUGGACCUGGGCAAUGUAUCUGCGCUGAGAACGUUCAGAGUUCUCCGAGCAUUGAAAACUAUCUCUGUGAUUCCAGGCCUGAAGACCAUCGUGGGCGCCCUCAUCCAAUCUGUCAAGAAGCUUUCGGACGUGAUGAUCCUGACCGUCUUCUGCCUGAGCGUCUUUGCACUCAUCGGCCUGCAGCUAUUCAUGGGAAACCUGCGCCACAAGUGUGUCAUCUGGCCCAUCAACAUCACCGAGAGCUACCCGCCCAACGGCAGCAGCAGCUUUGACUGGGACGAGUACAUCAUGAACAAUACAAACUUCUACUUCCUGCCUGGCCAGCCAGACGCUCUUCUCUGUGGGAACAGCUCAGACUCUGGCCGCUGCCCGGAGGGCUACACGUGCAUGAAAGCUGGGAGGAAUCCAAACUACGGCUACACCAGCUUUGACAGCUUUGGCUGGGCCUUCCUGGCUCUCUUCCGACUCAUGACACAGGACUUCUGGGAAAACCUCUACAUGCUGACCCUGAGGGCCGCAGGGAAGACCUACAUGAUCUUCUUUGUGUUGGUGAUCUUUGUGGGUUCCUUCUACUUGGUGAAUCUGAUCUUGGCUGUGGUGGCCAUGGCCUAUGAGGAGCAGAACCAGGCCACCAUGGAGGAGGCUCAGCAGAAGGAGGAGGAGUUCAAGGCCAUGCUGGAGCAGCUCAAGAAACAACAGGAAGAUGCUCAAACUGCAGCCAUGGCAACCUCGGCGGGAACAGUCUCAGAGGAUGCAGUAGAGGACGAUGGAGGAGGGCGCCUCUCAUGCAGCUCCUCGGAGAUGUCCAAGCUCAGCUCCAAGAGUGCCAAAGAGCGGCGCAACCGCAAGAAGAAAUGGCGGCAGAAGGAGCAAGAAAAGGAGAAAGGUGACAGUGAGAAGUUUGUCAAGUCUGAGUCAGACGACGGUAGCAAGAGGAGCCGCUUCCGUUUUCCUGAUAACCGCCUGGGGCGAAAGUCUUCCAUUAUGAACCAGUCCCUUCUCAGCAUACCUGGAUCGCCCUUCCUGUCCCGCCACAACAGCAAGAGCAGCAUCUUCAGUUUCAAGGGCCGCGGAAAGGACGUGGGUUCAGAGAAUGAGUUUGCUGAUGAUGAACACAGCACGGUGGAGGAGUGCGAGGAGCGCCGGGGCUCCCUUUUCAGCCCGUACCGGCGGAGCAGCUACAGUGGUUACCACGGCAAGAGGAACAGCACGGUGGAUUGCAACGGCGUCGUGUCCCUCAUCGGCCCCGGGCCCGGUGGACGCCUUCUGCCUGAGGUGAAAAUAGAUAAGGCAGCCACUGACGACAGCCCAACUACUGAGGUUGAGGUGAAGAAGAAGCUGUCGGGCUCCCUGAUGGUGUCUGUGGACCAGCUCAAUACCUCCUUUGGGCGGAAAGAGCGGGCCAACAGUGUCAUGAGCGUCAUUACCAACACACUAGUGGAGGAACUGGAGGAAUCUCAGCGCAAGUGUCCGCCGUGCUGGUAUAAGUUUUCUAACACAUUCCUCAUAUGGGAAUGCUCCCCCACUUGGUUGAAGAUCAAGGAGAUUGUCAACCUGAUUGUCAUGGAUCCCUUUGUGGACCUGGCCAUCACCAUCUGCAUCGUCCUCAACACGCUCUUCAUGGCUAUGGAGCAUUACCCAAUGACCCCCGACUUUGAACAUAUGCUGUCUGUGGGCAAUCUGGUGUUUACCGGAAUCUUUGCGGGGGAGAUGAUGUUCAAACUGGUGGCGAUGGAUCCCUACUACUACUUCCAAGAAGCGUGGAACUGUUUUGACGGCUUCAUCGUGACACUGAGUUUAGUUGAGUUAGCUCUGGCUGAUGUCGAGGGCCUGUCUGUGCUGCGAUCGUUCCGAUUGCUGAGAGUGUUUAAACUGGCCAAAUCAUGGCCGACUCUCAACAUGCUGAUCAAGAUCAUCGGUAACUCAGUGGGGGCCUUAGGGAACUUGACUCUAGUCUUGGCCAUCAUCGUCUUCAUCUUUGCCGUUGUGGGCAUGCAACUGUUCGGCAAAAGUUACAAAGACUGCGUGUGCAAGAUUGACGCUGACUGUGAGCUGCCACGAUGGCACAUGAACGACUUCUUCCAUUCCUUCCUCAUCGUCUUCCGGGUGCUGUGUGGUGAGUGGAUUGAGACCAUGUGGGACUGCAUGGAGGUGGCAGGCCAGGCCAUGUGCCUCAUCGUGUUCAUGAUGGUCAUGGUCAUCGGUAACUUGGUGGUGUUAAACCUGUUCCUUGCCUUGCUGCUGAGCUCAUUCAGUGCUGACAACUUGGCUGCAACGGACGACGACGGGGAGCUCAACAACCUACAGAUUUCUGUCAUACGCAUCAAGAAAGGUAUUGCGUGGAUAAAAGCCAAAAUGCGUGUGCUGGUGGCCAGUUUAUUAAGGAAGCCGCCGAUGGAGGAUGAGCAGAAGCCUUUGGACGACAUGUAUGACAAGAAGCUCAACUGCAUUGCCAACCACACUGGAGUGGACAUCAACCGAGAUCUGGACUAUGCAAAGAAUGGUAAUGGGACCACCAGUGGCAUUGGCAGCAGCGUGGGCAAGUAUAUGAUUGAUGAGGACCACAUGUCAUUCAUCCAUAACCCGAACCUGACCGUCUGUGUGCCGAUUGCUGUCGGGGAGUCGGAUUUCGAGAACCUUAAUACGGAGGACUUCAGCAGCGAGUCGGACAACGAAAACAGCAAAGAGCUGGACGACACCAGCUCAUCAGAGGGAAGCACCAUUGACAUCAAGCCAGAUGUGGAGGAGGUGGUGGUGGUGGAGACGGUGGAGGAAUACAUGGAACCCGAGCCAUGUUGGACAGAUGCGUGUGUUGCCAAGUACAAGUGUUGUGAUGUUGACAUCACCAUGGGCUGGGGGAAGAGCUGGUGGUUCUUGAGGAAAACCUGCUACCUGAUUGUGGAGCACAACUGGUUUGAGACUCUCAUCAUCUUCAUGAUCCUCCUCAGCAGUGGAGCCUUGGCCUUUGAGGACGUGUACAUUGAGCAAAGGAAAACCAUCCGGAUCAUUCUGGAGUAUGCAGACAGGGUUUUCACCUACAUCUUUAUCCUGGAGAUGCUGCUGAAAUGGGUGGCCUAUGGUUUUGUCAAGUACUUCACCAACGCUUGGUGUUGGCUGGACUUCUUCAUUGUGGAUGUGUCUAUAGUCAGCCUUGUAGCUAAUGCGCUGGGCUACUCCGAUCUAGGGCCCAUUAAAUCACUCAGGACACUAAGGGCCUUGAGACCCCUCAGAGCCUUGUCACGUUUUGAAGGGAUGAGGGUGGUAGUCAACGCCUUGGUGGGCGCCAUCCCGUCCAUUAUGAACGUGUUGCUGGUUUGCCUCAUUUUUUGGCUGAUUUUCAGUAUCAUGGGAGUCAACCUGUUUGCGGGAAAGUACUACUUUUGUUUCAACGAGACCUCUGAGGAAUACUUUCCUGUCGAUGUGGUUAACAAUAAGACCCAGUGUGAAGCCCUCAUUCACCAAAACUUUACUGAGGUCAGGUGGAAGAAUGUCAAAAUUAACUUUGACAACGUGGGUGCUGGCUACCUGGCCUUACUGCAAGUGGCCACAUUCAAAGGCUGGAUGGACAUUAUGUAUGCUGCCGUGGAUUCCAGAGAGGUGGAAGACCAACCCGACUAUGAAGUCAACAUCUACAUGUACAUCUACUUUGUCGUUUUCAUUAUAUUUGGCUCCUUCUUCACCCUCAACCUCUUCAUUGGUGUGAUCAUCGACAAUUUUAACCAGCAGAAGAAAAAGUUUGGAGGCCAGGAUAUCUUUAUGACAGAGGAACAGAAGAAGUACUACAACGCCAUGAAAAAACUGGGCUCUAAGAAGCCACAGAAACCCAUCCCUCGACCACAGAACAAGAUCCAGGGGAUGGUGUUUGACUUUGUCACGCAGCAGGUUUUUGAUAUCUCUAUCAUGAUCCUCAUUUGCCUCAACAUGGUCACCAUGAUGGUGGAAACGGACGAUCAGUCGGACGAAACAGAGAAUGUCCUCUACUGGGUCAAUUUCAUCUUCAUUGUGGUCUUCACCACUGAGUUCUUGCUCAAGCUCUUUGCUCUUCGCCACUAUUACUUUACCAACGGUUGGAAUAUCUUUGAUGUGGUGGUGGUCAUCCUGUCCAUCGUUGGUAUGUUCUUAGCCGACAUCAUUGAGAAGUACUUUGUGUCGCCGACUCUGUUCAGGGUGAUCCGGUUGGCUCGUAUCGGACGUAUCCUCCGUUUAAUAAAAGGAGCCAAGGGCAUUCGGACUUUACUCUUUGCUCUGAUGAUGUCACUGCCAGCCCUGUUCAACAUCGGCCUCCUGCUCUUCCUGGUCAUGUUCAUCUUCUCCAUCUUUGGCAUGUCCAACUUUGGCUAUGUGAAACACGGCGCCGGCAUCGACGACUUGUACAACUUCGAGACCUUCGGCAACAGCAUGAUCAUCCUGUUCAUGAUCACCACAUCCGCCGGCUGGGAUGGCCUCCUCUUGCCCAUCCUCAACUACCCGCCAGACUGCACCCCCGACUUGGAAAACCCUGGCACCUCCGUGAAGGGUAACUGUGGUAAUCCCUCGGUGGGAAUCUUUUUCUUUGUCAUGUACAUCAUCAUUUCUUUUCUGAUUGUGGUGAACAUGUACAUCGCCAUCAUCCUGGAGAACUUCAGCGUGGCCACAGAGGAAAGUGCCGAUCCACUCAGUGAGGACGACUUUGAGACGUUUUAUGAAAUCUGGGAGAAAUUUGACCCCACAGCCUCCCAGUUCAUCACUUUUGCCAAGCUGUCUGACUUUGCCGAUGCGCUGGAACAUCCGCUCCGUGUGCCGAAACCUAACACGAUAGAGCUUAUCGCCAUGGACAUGCCCAUGGUGAGCGGCGAUCGCAUUCACUGCCUGGACAUCUUGUUUGCCUUCACAAAGCGUGUACUGGGUGACAGUGGUGAGUUGGACAUGCUGAGACAGCAGAUGGAGGAGCGCUUUGUGGCAGCCAAUCCUUCCAAGGUGUCAUACGAACCCAUCACCACCACCCUCCGCCGCAAACAGGAGGACGUCUCCGCCAGAAUUAUCCAGAACGCCUACCGUGCCUACCUCAUCAGGCGCGGUAUCAUUUUCAAACGUCAUACUUUUACAAACAAUAAGCUGGAAAAUGGCGGGACCAACCAAGAGAAGAAGGAGAGCACGCCAUCCACAGCUUCGCUUCCUUCUUACGACAGCGUGACCAAACCCGAUAAGGAGAAGCAGGAUGACAACAAGGAGGAGUGGGCCAAGAAGGAGAAGGACAAGAACCAAAAAGACGAGUGGGAAUCCAAGUGUUAGGGUUCAGCGACUCCUGCUAUCAAUGAAACCCGUCCAGAUGAGACUCUUGAGCCCAAACCCAACAAAUAGAAACAGUGAGAAAACCCAAGAAAAAAAAAACGUUUACAGACUCCUACUGCUGAGGCAACGUGGUUUCUUAUGUCAUCAGAGACAGCUGAACCAAACACAAUCAGUUUACCGUGGAACUUUUGCUGCAUAGCGACCAAGUUGAUGGGAGGAACAAGCAGUGUGCUGGCCAGGCACAUUGCACACUGCUUUUUGGGGACCAGCUUGCCAAGGCACACAGAUCUCUGCUAAGCGAUUAGCUAACAGCUAAGUCCCUGCCACCACUAAGCGGGAAGCCCCUCUGCGGAGCUUCCAUGCUACCGGAGUGGACCGGCCUGCUAGAACUGUCUGAUCAGUCUAAAAGGGAACACAGAGUGUACCAUCUUUACUCAGAAGCAAAUUUUAAAAAGCAAGUUUUAGCUAGUGCGAGGGAGGGGUUCGGGAAACCAAGAAACGUAGACCAAGAUUUUUUGUUUGUUUGUGCUGAGUAUCCGUACAUUGUUUGAGCAGCAAAAAAACAAAACAAAACCCAACAUUGAGUCCAUGUCACGAGUGUUUCCAUUUCCCCUUUGUUAUACUGACAAAAAGACACAUUGGUGUUCACACUGACUGAGUGGGUGAGUGGGUAGGACUUAUGAGUCAUUUUGACUUGGACUGAAGAAGACUUGCGCAGACCGAGUUCCAGAUAAAUACUAAUUAUUGUGCUUGUUCAAUGCAUAGAAAUGACUUGCAUGAAGGCAUGUUUUGAUGAGGAAUCAUGCAUGAGUAAUCAUAGUCCACAAGACACUUCAUUCUCAGACACUGUAGUGGUGUGGUUGGAGGAAAUUAACUUAUUUUGGAUAAUGAUAUCUAGACUAUUGAGGAAAAGGAUCCUCCAAUAAUAAUUCUGGCCAAGAGUGUAAGCACUUCCAGGGGACCUAUGAUGCUUUUUCCACCUUCCUGCCCUAUAAAUGUAGUUAGAAUGUUGUAUUCUGGUGUCAAACCAUGAGUUUCGGAUAAUGAGGUUUGGGCAUUUGGAAGUGAGCCCUGAAAGAAGUUUGGGAUGGCUCAAAAGGCGUGGUUAAAGUAACCCUUUGUGAUGUCACAGAGGAGCGGACUUCCCUAUGGAUCAUAGUUAGGAAGCACUUUGGGCAUGCCUGGAGGCGGGCUGGGCCGUGGGUGGAAUAAAUGAAAACAGAGCAUUUUGGCAGGAAGCACAAAUUCAAGGAAAUACAGCUGUAAUGAAUAGGUGCAGAUUCUGGAAGAUCUAAAAGGUUUUCUGUGCAGGUUAUUGUGUGUAGCUGCUCAAAAUAAAACAAUGAGCAUAAUAGGGCCCCUUUAGGUUUAACUUGAAGGUUUUUUUCCUGCUCUGCAUGUCAAAGUGGAAGAGUUGAGCAUAUCCUCAUGUUGAGGAUUCCCAGAUUUGGAGGGUGGGAUCUCGUCAGCCAAGUCUGGGGCUCACAUCUCUUGGUUUACUGCCAUGUGUCACUAUCUUGAUGAUCUCAGUCCAUCUGCAGAUAGAUGGUCGGUAGGAAACUGGUGUAAGCCGAGUCACAAGUAUGCUUUUCCGUCGGGCUUGUGGAGGAAGAAAAUGUGUCCCAUGCAAGUUUGGGAUUCAUGACUUUUGUACACUUGACAAGAUAUGCCAAUGAGCGAAUGAGUUGUUAGGUCCUGCUUUUGGGACCUUUUUGAGUUGUCACCUUUCGUGAAAAGAAGCCGUCUCUCUGAUAUCCUUGUGAUGCAAUCAUUGGCAGUAAAGGCUUUUAUCAGCGAGAGUGACGCGGCGCAUCUGAAACGACAGGGUUAGCGGCCAGUUAUCCCGAGGACUCGCCUUGUCGUGCCUAGCGUAAAUGCAAAGGGAAAUGCACCAAAGGGCUUUGUGGGUUCUAGAAUACACAUGGAUUUUGUCUGUGGGUGGGACUUCCACGAGGGUCUGACUGCCAUGAGAGGUGGAGACUUUUGCUUGGGUUGAAAUGCCGAAAAGUCCCAUGUUUGUCUUUGUAUCCUGGGCUCUUGUGGGACCUCCUCUGUGCUGUCUUGUCAGACCCUGUUUUCACAUAAAUAUAUCACACGCUUCCAAUUUGUUAGGCUAAACACAAACACUUAACGAUGAAACAUCAGCAGGCCUCACAUUGACGCAGCUAUGGUGUCAAAAUAAGCUAUGUGGGUGGUUUUUGUUCUCAAAGAAAUGUGAGGCUUUGUUAAUCCAGCUGCCUCCUUAGGUGUUCCUGCCAUUCAUUUUCUACACUGGAGCCGAUGGGCCUAUAUAUCGAAGCGGAUGAGCGGACAUUUCUCCAACAUCCGUUGUCGCACCACUGACGCAAUUUGGUGUGUUUAAACACUGCCUGUACCCUGCCCCCCUUUUGUCUGUACCAUGAACCAAGGUCUGUUUACAAUAUGAGGUCUCCGAGUAAAUUUGGCUGCUGCACACUGAAACCAAAUACAUUCCUAAUGACGACCACUGGAGGGGUGAGCAGCACCAUCCGAACUGCAGCAAGCUCAUCUCGGAUGUAAGCGUUACCGAGGACUCAUUUAUUCACCCUUGAAGGAACAGCAAACUAACAAAAAAGACAACAAAAAAAACGGAUGUACAGUGCAGGCAAUGAUGUAAAUGGCACAAUCGCUGACAAAGAACAACCUUUUUGAGAGAAACUAUAAAUAUUGUACGAUAUGCUUUUAUUUUACUGGCAUGCUUUGUUGUGUUUUUUGUAAAUAAGGAAUUAAAAAAAUGUUACUAAUAAUAAUUAAAAAAAGAAUAAUAACAAUAAUUUAGAAUGGCUUCCAGCUAUGCCCUUUGUCACAUUUGUUACCUUUUUGAAUUUUUUGAGACACUUUUCACUUUGUUGACGGAAUUUAAAUUGAAUGAUGUGUGUGUGUGUGUGUGUGUAUAGAUAGAUAGAUAGAUAGAUAGAUAGGUAGAUAGAUGGAGAGAUAUUAUAUAAUACAAAAGAUCUAUACAUGUAUACAUAUGUUUAUAUGUAUAUACAUAAAACAAGAACACUGUCACAUUUGAUUUCUGUGCAACACGUUCCGUGGAUGUCAAAAACAACACCCUUCUCGGGGGUGUGCGUGUGCGUGUUUGUGUGUGUGUAUGGGGGGGUACUAGCUCAUAUGUGAUGUUAAUGGAGUUGCUUGCCAUGGAUUGUAGCCUGAUCAUGACGACAAGGAUAAUGUUACCAGCACGUCUCACCAUAUCACUCCCCUUCACUCUCAGUAAGCAGGACACAAACACCAACACACCGUCCUUCUCUACCAGCUCCGAGCUCUUCCUGAAGGACAUCCACUGACUGCCUCAUGCGCCCUGAGAUGGUACAACCCCCACCCCAACCCACCCCACCCCCACCACAUCAGUGCCAUUACAGCUCAGUACCUGCUUCUUCUCAUUCUCACCUUUUUCUUUCUGAUGUUCCACUUGAUGGCAUGUGCCUUUUUUUCUGCUUUUUCUGCAAAUUUGGAUGCCACAUGUUAGACACAAUACAUACUGUAUGUUGGGGGUUAGCGUUUGGGGGGUGAGCACAACAUUCAUCAGGGAUUUGGAGUCCUCAGAAAUACUGCCAGAGGAUGGUGGCAACACCUGACUUCAUCUUGAUGUUCAACCGUGUGAUGUGAUGAGAAAACGACUCAUUCCGAAGCCCUGUUCUUCUUCUCGUGCUCCGUGUGUCGCCCACUUGGCUUGUGAAAAAGCAGCUUGCCUUCUAUACUUCUCUUUCAGUUUCUCUAUCUUCACGUUAUUCAUCUGAAAUUUAUUUUUGUAUCAAUAUUUAAUGAUAGGACACAUUUGGUUUUUAAAAGCAUGUUUUUUUUUCAUUUCGCUGAAAAAUGAAAAGUGCUUUCCAAACUGUUAUCAUUUGACACCGUGAUCAUGGGCGUCACUAGGUACUGUAUAUUCUAGGGGGCUAGAGCCCCUCUAAAAAAUAACACCCCUCUUGCCUAAUUACAUAGCAUAGGUUUUUAAAGCUAAUGGCCAACUGACAGCCAAGUGACCAUUGCUGUGUUGACAUCAGCAUCCUGGCGUCAGCAGUGUUUUGUAACUGAAGGCGAGGACUUUUAUCAGUAUCACAUUUUCCCCAAAGGAAGUUGAUGGUUCUAAUGCCCCCCCCCCCAGAUUUCAAUCCUAGUGAUGCCCAUAACUGGCAUUUAAAAGAAAAAAAAAGGGUAUACAGUACAAUACGCUGGUGUGUUGCACAACCACUUGGACUCUUGGCAAGAAUAUAUGAAAGAUUGUCUUCUUUUGAGCACGAACCUUUUUAUUACCAAUAAAGCAGCCUUCCAGUUACGACUGUG